UUCAGUUUAUUCAAAUUUUUUUUAUCAAUAUUAUUAAUUUAUAGUUACAUUGUUCAUGUUUGGUUCAUUGAUUUUACUUUAUGUUAACGAAUACAGAGGUUCUCGCUGAAUGUCACGUAAGACAUUCGCUCAAGAUCACCGCGCUGUACCGUAAAUCAAUCAACUAAGUUCAAAUGAAAUACAAGUUCAAUGUUCGCGAAGCCACUGACGAACCGAUGGACGGAGACGCGACGUACGCGACGAGGAGGAAAACCCUCCGGGUGUCUUGGACGCUGUUGACGUCAUCGUUUGCGUUCAUCGUGCUACUAUGCGCGCUGUGCCUGUUCUUCUUCUUCCACCCGCGGACGUGUCGGCCGAUGUUUGGCGGCUCUCGCUUCGGGUCCACCGAAAUGAUACUGGAAGAGAUCCGUGGCUUCGACUAUGAGCGGCUGGAGAACGACUACGGUGCCACGGACGUCCGGUUGCCGGCGGGAGUGGUACCGGAAUCGUAUGACCUGCGGAUAAUACCGUUCCUGUGGUUAGAAAAGGGCGGAAACUCGACGUUCGACGGCCAGGUUGACAUCGUCGUUAACAUAACGGUCCCCGUGGACAAUGUAACGCUGCACGCCGUCGACUUGAACAUGACGGAAUGUCUCGUCUCCAGGUAUCCAAAAAUGGUACUAAAUGAACACGUGAUGGCCGAGAGUGAUUUCGUUCCUAUUCUAGAAACACAACAAGAUAUUUCUAAACAAUUUUUCAUAAUAAAGUUCAAAGAUACACAGCCAGCUGAUUAUCAGUACAACAUACACUUAAAAUACACUGGAAAACUUCAAGACAACAUGGAAGGGUUUUAUAAAAGUUCUUACAAAGUAGGAAACACAACUAGAUGGAUUGCAGCAACACAAUUUCAACCAACUGAUGCAAGAAAAGCAUUUCCUUGUUUCGACGAGCCUGCUUUAAAAGCUAAAUUUACUGUGUCAAUUGCAAGACCCCAAGAUAUGAGUUCUAUAUCUAAUACUGGGCUUAAAUAUAUCGACAAUAAAUUGCCAAUGCUAUCAGAACCUUUAGCAUCUUACGAAUGGGACACGUUCGAACAAACGGUGCCCAUGUCUACUUAUCUAGUGGCGUUCAUUAUUUCUGAUUUUGAAUAUUUGUCCUCGGAAACUUUUAGAGUAUGGGCUAGGAGUGAUGUGUUAUCGCACACUCACUAUGCUCGAGACAUCGGACCUAGCAUAUUAAAGUUUUAUGAAGAAUUUUUUUCUAUUCCUUAUCCAUUAAAAAAAACCGAUCUGGUAGCACUUCCGGAUUUUGCCGCUGGAGCCAUGGAAAAUUGGGGCUUAGUGACGUUUCGAGAGAUAGCCAUGUUKUACAAUGAAGGGGUUUCACCAAAUGCUCAGAAAGAACGAGUAGCGACGGUUAUUGCUCAUGAAUUGGCACAUCAAUGGUUUGGAAAUUUAGUGACACCAGAUUGGUGGUCUGAUCUAUGGUUAAACGAAGGUUUUGCAACUUACAUUGAAUAUGUAGGGGUAGACCAUGUGGAGCCCAAGUGGAAAAUGGAGGAACAAUUUAUUUCCAGUGGUAUACAGAGCGUAUUUUUAAUGGAUUCGUUGAAAUCUACACAUCCGAUUUCCGCGAGUGUGUCGAGACCGGAGGAAAUCAAUGAAUUGUUUGAUCGCAUUUCCUAUGACAAAGGAGCAUCUGUAAUUCGAAUGAUGGACCACUUUCUUACACGGCAGGUGUUCCGGAAAGGCUUAACUAAAUAUUUGAACUCAAAAGCAUACAACAACGCGUACCAUGAUGAUUUGUGGAAUGCUUUGACUGAACAGGCGCAACUCGAUCGCGUAAUGGACAAAACGUUAACUGUAAAAGAAGUCAUGGAAACAUGGAUACUACAACCAGGAUUUCCAGUCGUAAAUGUUACACGGAAUUAUGAAGAGGAUACAUUAAUUGUUUCACAGAGUCGUUUUCUUCUACACCACGACACUAAAAACGCAUAUAAAACUGAUCAAUCAAAUAAUCUUUGGUGGAUUCCACUUACGUUCACGACGUCGUCAAAACUGGAUUUUACUGUGACAAAACCAAGUUAUUGGUUAAAACCUGAAGACUUCAUGAUGAUAACUGAAACAGGGAUAUAUCCGGAUGAUUGGGUGUUAUUCAACAUAAACGAAACUGGAUUUUAUAGAGUGAACUAUGAUUCAAAAAAUUGGAACAUGUUGAUCGAAUACUUGACCGAUCCAGAAAUGUAUUCUAAUAUUGGAACAAUUAACAGAGCACAGUUGAUAGAUGACGCAAUGUCGUUAUCAAGAGCUGGAUAUUUGAGUUAUCAAACUUCUCUCGAUUUAACUAAAUAUCUUUACCACGAGACUGAGUAUGUUCCGUGGAAAUCAGCGUAUAGAUCUUUCACCUAUUUACAUCAAAUGCUCAUUAAAACAUCCAUUUACGACAAAUUAAAAGCAUACGUGUUACACUUGAUAUCCCCAAUGUAUAAAAUAACCGGGUUUGCGGAUAAUCCGAGAGACGAUCAAUUGGUUAUUUACAAAAGAUCCAACUUGUUAUCGUGCGCCUGCGAGUUAGGACAUACUGGCUGUGUUCGAAACGCAGUGGCUCAGUUUCAAAAUUGGAAAUCAAAUCCUCAACCGGAAAAGAACAAUCCGAUUUCACCAAAUCUAAAAUCAAUAAUUUACUGUACCGCCAUCAGUUACGGAAGCGAAGAAGAAUGGGAUUUCGCCUGGAAAAUGUAUAAAAUGACUACGGUAGCUUCUGAAAAAGAUUUAUUGCUGGACGCUUUGGGCUGUAGCAGAGAAACGUGGAUUUUAGCCAGAUUUCUCAGUUAUGCUCUGCAAAACAAUUCUUCUAUUAGAAAUCAAGACAUUAGCAAAGUAUUUUACGCUUUGACCAAUAAAGUGGCUGGGCAAGAAGUGGCUUGGAAUUAUGUACGUGACAACUGGCGCAAUCUCAAAUCGACUUUUGCCGCUGAAAAUCGGACAUUUACUAGAGAUGACAAUUCAUUAGUCAUAAACUCAUAA